GCGCGGCGGGCCCCCAUGGCGGCGGCGGCGGCGGGGCCCGGUGGCGGCGGUGGCGGCGGGGCGCCGCGGUACAGCCUGCUGGCGGAGAUCGGCCGCGGCGCCUACGGCGUGGUGUACGAGGCGGUGUCCGGGCGCAGCGGCGCGCGGCUGGCGGUGAAGCGGAUCCGCUGCGACGCGCCCGAGAACGUGGAGCUGGCGCUGGCCGAGUUCUGGGCGCUGACGAGCCUGCGGCGGCAGCACCCCAACGUGGUGCGCUUCGAGGAGUGCGUCCUGCAGCGCCACGGCCUGGGCCAGCGCAUGAGCCACGGCAACAAGCGCAGCCAGCUCUACCUGCGCCUCGUGGAGACCUCGCUCAAAGGUGAGAGGAUCCUGGGCUAUGCGGAGGAGCCUUGCUAUCUCUGGUUUGUCAUGGAGUUCUGCGAAGGGGGAGACCUCAACCAGUACGUGCUCUCGCGGAGACCAGACCCAGCAACAAACAAGAGCUUCAUGCUGCAGCUGACCAGCGCCAUCGCCUUCCUGCACAAGAACCAUAUUGUCCAUCGGGACUUGAAACCAGACAACAUCUUGAUAACUGAGAAGUCCGGCACCCCAGUUCUCAAGGUGGCUGACUUUGGACUCAGCAAGGUCUGUGCUGGCCUGACUGCUCGGGGCAAGGAGGGUGGGAACAAUAACAAAAAUGUGAAUGUGAACAAGUACUGGCUGUCUUCGGCUUGUGGCUCUGACUUCUACAUGGCCCCUGAGGUCUGGGAGGGACACUACACGGCCAAGGCUGACAUCUUUGCCCUUGGCAUCAUCAUCUGGGCCAUGAUUGAGAGGAUAACUUUCAUCGAUGCGGAGACCAAGAAGGAGCUGCUGGGGACCUACAUCAAGCAGGGGACAGAGAUUGUGCCCGUUGGGGAAGCGCUGCUAGAAAACCCAAAGAUGGAGCUGCAUAUCCCUCAGAAACGCAGGACUUCCAUGUCUGAGGGGAUCAAGCAACUCUUGAAAGACAUGUUGGCUGCUAACCCACAGGAUCGACCUGAUGCCUUUGAGCUUGAAACCAGAAUGGACCAGGUUACAUGUGCUGCUUAAAUUCAGGGCAGGGCACUGCUGUGCUUUGCAGCUGGGUUUAUUUACCAGGGACCCAUAAUCUCCAUUACUUACGUGCAACUAGCAAAGUUGAAGAUAAGGGAAGAAGACGAUACAGAAGAUCCCUGGCUUGCAGGAUCUUUGGCAAUGUGAAAUCUUUGGGUGUUGUGUUGUUUUGUUGGGAAGAGGUGUUUUGGGGUUGUGGGAGGGGGACUGCAUGGGCCUGCAGAAGAGCACAAGCCAAGCAGCUGUCAUGCUUGUGAAACUACCCUUGAUUAAGAUCCAGACAGCAGAGCUGCCACUGCCCAGCCAUCCCUGUGUCCCCCUGUGCUGCAGUUUGACUCCGUAAAUAUUUCCAGAGAAGAUCUGAUUCCGUAAACAGGUGGCAAGCAGGAGCCCAGCAGCAUGGUACGCUGCUGGGCCCCAUGUCUGAGUCCAGCUGGGCCUAACUUUGGGGUUAAAGCUAUUGCUUCCCCCAGGGGAAAGGGGGAUGAGGUGAUUGCUGGGUUUGCACUGGUCUCGGAGACUGCAUGUUGCAAGCAGUUAAUGACUAGGCAAAUGCUGCUCAGGUUAUAAGCAGCUGAUGUUAGGAUAGAGUAGUACGAACAAGCUGGAAAGCCAUUCUGCAAGGCAGGUCUGCCUCUGGCAUGGACAGACCUUUAUUCUCCCUGGUUUUCUUUAGUGAAAUUUGUUAAGGACAGUCUUGCAAUACAGAAGAUGGUGGGGAGCCACUAGGUACGUUUUCAGGCAGAUCUUGUCUACAUACAAGAUAAAACAGAACGCUGUCUGCUAAUCUGAACUCCCUCAUGCCAAACCGCCGCUGCUAGGAACAGCACUAGGGUAGGGAGAGGAGGAGGUUUGGCCUAAAUGGCUCACGGGCUGGAUUCUGGCCUCCUGCAAAACGCUUUUCCUUGCUAGAUAGCUGUCUUCGGGAAGCAAAAGGCAAUGCUGCUGUUUAGGUUUGCUCACUUGGUUACAGUUCAGCUGGGCGCUCAGGUAAGGAGAUUGGAACCGCAGGCUGAGCAGUUAAUGCUCCGUUUCCUUGCCUAUAUUUAGAGCAACACUGAUAUUCUGGGGCUGACCCCGUGGGAUGUCUUUAGACUUAGCUCACUGUAAAUGCAGUGUAAAGCACCACCUCGUCUCUUAUCCUGCAGAUUCUGAACCAGCUGAAACAUUUCCCACCGGGUUAAAUUAACUGGCACCAGUUUGGGGAAUAGGCUGUUCUGAUCAAGCAUUACUUGCCAGCACCAAGGUGUUCAGCGCUUCCCAGGAGCUGGCCAAGCUCACAGGCAGAAGCGGGUCCCCCGACUCCCCUGUUUCUGCGGUAGGAACUGUCCCUGGCCUGCGUUCAGGCUCUGGCUUUCCAUUUAUCAUCACCGAAAGGCUCCUAAACUGACAGCACCUCCUUCUAGCUACUCGGGUGUACUUUAUUGACCUCAUGGGAAUGCAUGGAAAUGCAGUAAAUUUAUGUGGGCUAAAGCAGGGAAAGGGGGAGGGAAGGAGUUGUUUUUUUUUCUCCUCUCUGUCUGUUCCAGGACACCAGGCUAAGGCUGUCACUGCCGGGGGGCCGCGUCCUCCUUAGGAAGAUGAUGCCCUGAGGCUCGAGGCCAUGGAUCUUUUGUGAUGGUUUGGCCAGCGCAAAUCGUGCGCCUGUUCCCACUCAGCUCUUCCGUUUGUUCCUAGGGAUGCCUGUGUGGGUUGUGGCCAGCCACAGCCAGACCAGGGCUGCACGAUCUCCUUCCCGGAUGGUUCCUGGGGUUUAGGCGGUUGAGGGGUGGUUAGCAGGCUGCGCUCAGCCGUGGCCGCAGAGCACUCUCGGGGGCUUUGAGGUGCAGUUUGGCUGCUCUGAUUUCUCUCCAGCUAGCAGCAGAUCCCUGUAGCAGCCGUGCCAAGGCCCCUCCAAGGAGUCAGGGGUGGGUUUCUCACCCUGCUCCUGGGGGGGCUUGCAGAGCCCCCGUGCUUGGCCCAGCAUCCCGCAGGAGGGCCGCAGCGAAGCGAGGACUGAACCCUGUGUUUUCCAAGCCCAGCAUUAGUACCCGAAUCACUGAACUGUCAUUCCUCCACCUAAUCGAGCCUUUGCUGCUGACUGUUACAACCUUUCCCUGGCUUGAGCUGGUGGAGUAAGAGGGCUUUACCCUCCCGAAGCUGCUCACGCAGGCUUGCUCUGUCGGAAGGCCCCUUCACCGAGCGUUAUGCCCUGGGAGGAGGGAGCUUCCCAGCGGGAGAGCUGGUCCCUCCCGGAUGGAGGGGAUGCCUCGCAGAACUGCCCCUGGAGCUUUCUUGCUCUGGCCUGUGGUGCACCGAGCCAGCAGCCUGUCCUCGUGUUUGUUUUUGGGCACUGAGUCCCUCUCCGUGCCUGUAUAUGUAGAAACCAAGCCUGAAAUGCAGGACGUGCAGGUGGAGGGUGAACGGGCCACUCACCGGGCCCCGGCCCCGAGCUGGCUGCGAGCACCCUGUUCCCCCCGGGGCCAGGAGCCGGUCGUCGGAGGACCUGCCUGUUCGGAGAGCCGGCCGGCCAAGCCCGUGCCCAGCCCCGCGAGGGUCGCCCUCUUGGCCCACCACGCUUUCAAGCCGUCUUCAAACCACACGGCUCCACCUCAGCUUUUGCGUUGCAGUUGUGUUUUCAAAGCAGCUUGAUGUUAGUGAGCUAGACCGUAGUGCCUUACUUAGGAUUUAGCAAACACUUCCAAGGAGGAGUCCUAGGGCUCCUAGCCUUUGGCCAACGUGGAUGUUCCUCUGUUUAGUUUGUCUGUUUAAAAGCAUUUCUCCCUGAUGACUUUGCUGCUGUUUGCGCUCGACUCCCCAAACUGUUAAGGAAGCUGCCUCGUGUUUACAAGCUCCUAGCAUCUCUCUUCCAGUUACUUUGGCGCAGAGCAGCGCUCCCUCUAGAACAAGGUGGCGAUGGGGAACGGCUCAAACCUGCACGUGCUGCGAUGCGGGAGAUGUUCAGGCAUCUCUUCUGGGCUGGGUCCAUUGAGCAGCUCCUGCAGGUUGAACUUCUCCCCGCUGCCAUAGAAGUUUGGGGCAUUUGGAUGUGCAGCUGGGAAAAUGCGAGCUGAAGGAAAGCAGCCCCGAGCCUGCAGCCCUGGGCCGGGCUGUCUCGGCACCGCGGCUGAGCAUCCGCCCUGCCGCGCCGUAGGAGCGAUUGUAUGAAACUGUUUACUUCUGACUAUGCUGUUUACAAGAGGGAGGUGGGGUGGGUGGGGGGGACAAGCCGAGCCUCAGGAGGACUGGGAAACGCGUUUCUGCACCAGCCUGCAGCGAGUCCGGCAGCCCCAGCAGCUCGCGGGUGUCGCGGGGAUCUCGCAGCCAGCUUUGGUCCAUGCGGAGGAGAGAGCAGAGGUGGCUGUAGCCUAGCGGGGUUAGACUAGCUCCCCUUGGUCCCUUGCUGCUGUGUGUGAGGUUCAGCGCUGCUAGUGCCAGGUAGGAGUUACCCCGUGGUCUUCCUCUACUCCUCAGGACCCAGCUCCUUCACAUAUCAGAGGCUCUCGGAGCCUUUCUGGAGCAAUAAGACUCAAACGAGCAUUACCAUCGUUGUGGAUGUCCUCCUGUGUGCGCGUCGUGCGUCUCCUCCGUUGCAGUACCGAGUCUGGGUUUAAGCCGCGUGAGCGCCGUGGGGCAACAAACCCCAUUUCGCUGCAGUCUGGCCGAGCGGGUUUCACGGCAGAGGUGCCGUAGCGGCUCGCUGCGGCCCUCGGGGACCGUGUGGCCUCCCCAACCCGGCGCCGGCGGCCACCGCCGGCCUUCAGCACCCUGAUGCGUGCGGCUGCAGUUCGGCUGGCGGCAGCGCAGGGAGCGGGACCGGCCCCCGUGCAGCCCCCCCAUGCUGCGCUCGCGAGAGCAGCCGGCUUAAACCCAGACUCCGAACUAAAGAUAAUGAUAUUAGUAAAUAAAAUCUGUAUUUUUCUUUCUUUUUUUUUUGCACAGAAGCUGGUAAUCUAGGACCUAUGUGUGAACAACUUUAUAUAAAUAUUUUUUGUACUUGGUUUACGCGGGUCGGGAUGAGACGGUCUAUUUAAGUUCCUUGAACACUGUGGAUACCCUGAUGCGUAUGAGUGGCAGAGGCUUUGUAACUUAAGAGACGUUUGUGUGAAUAAAGCUAUUUGAGACGGGGUUGAAAAGCCACACACGAUCUGAAA